CGAUCAGAAGCUGCAAUUGAGACCGUCACAACACUCUUCUCACCCUUUGGCAACCCUCCACGGUCACUCGCCAUGCAGGCGAGGCGAUAGAGUCGACCGAAGGCAUCACUUGACGUUACCGAACCAUUUCAGUGCGGAAGUUGUGGGACAACCGGCCAAAUGGCGACAGCCGCAACGGUGAAUGGCGCCAAUGGGCAAGCCUUUGAUCCGGUGCUACGCGCUCUGGCGACUAUGUCAUCCAACGCAGAUCGAUCGCAGAAAGGGCAAGCACAUGAAUACCUUGAGCGGUAUCAGAAGUCGGAAGGAGCCUGGACCACGACCUUCGCCAUCCUGCAGUCUCCGCAAUCCACUGACGAGGCGAAGCUAUUCGCCGCGACGACGUUGAAGGGAAAGAUCGUUUUCGACUUCCACCAACUACCGCGCACUACACUGCCUCAGUUAAGAGAUACGUUGCUGUCAUUACUAGCCCAAUAUUCGAAGGGCCCAAAGCCAGUACGCACUCAGUUAUCCGUGUGUCUGGCAAAUCUUGCAAUCCAGAUGCUGGAAUGGAAGGAUGUCCUGCAGACUGUCAUCAACACGCUCGGCGGAAACCAGUCGAGCAUAGCAUGUGUCCUCGAGUUCUUGCAUGUCUUGCCUGAGGAGGUGACAGAGGGUAGAAAGAUCAAUCUUACCGAAGAUGAGCUUAGAGACCGGACAACGGAGCUUCUGGAGCAGAACGCUCAGCAGGUAUUGCAGCUACUUACGCAGUAUGCGCAAUCGUCACCAGAUGCUGCGAAGAAUCCGCAGUUGAUGGAAUGUAUUACGAGCUGGAUGCGGGAGGUGCCGUUGACGAGCAUCGUGCAGUCGCCCCUUUUGGACGUGGUGAUGAAUGCAGCACAGAGCGAUCAAUCUUUCGAUGCUGCGGUUGAGUGUCUGUGCGCGAUUUUUAAGGAGACGCGCGAUGUCGAUGAGAAUGAAGAGUCAAUCAACACGCUGUACCCGCGGUUGGCAGCACUGCAGCCGAAGAUUCAAGCUGCAUCUUCAGAGGAAGACUGGGAGACCUUCAAGGGCUUGACUAGGAUCUUUGCGGAAGCUGGCGAAGCAUGGUGCGUCAACAUCGCGAGAAAGGCGCAGCAGUAUCGGGCAUUGGUGGAGUCAGUGCUGGAGUGCUGCGCUCGAGAUCGGGAGAGAGAGGCUUUGUCACAGACCUUCAACUUCUGGUAUGAGCUCAAGCAGUACAUCACGCUCGAACGGUAUAUCGAAGCGAGGCUACAAUUCGUGGACAUCUACUCCAAGUUAGUAGAUAUAAUGAUCGGUCAUCUCGAGUUUCCAACACCGGAGUCUGGAAACGAGAGCGACCUUUUCGACGGCGAUCGAGAAGCUGAAGACAAGUUCCGAGAGUUUAGGCAUCACAUGGGCGAUGUACUCAAAGACUGCUGCGAGGUCAUUGGCGUGUCUGAAUGCUUGCAGAAAAGCUACGUUCUAAUCGAACAGUGGGUGGCGCAGCAUGGCGCGCAAGCACAGGCAGGCAAGGUACCGCAAUGGCAAAAGCUGGAGGCACCGCUGUUUUCUAUGCGUGCGAUGGGCAGGAUGGUGCCGAAGGACGAAGGCGUCAUGCUGCCCCGUUUAAUACCAUUGAUCGUGCAGAUACCGGACCAUGAGAAAGUACGCUUCCAAGCGGUUAUGGCGCUGGGGCGGUACACAGAGUGGACUUCAGAACACCCGGAAACUCUACAAGAUCAGCUUCAAUUUAUCAUGGCGGCCUUCCGUCAUCCGUCAGGAGAGGUUGUUCGUGCCGCGGCGCUUAGCUUUCGCUUCUUCUGCAACGAUUGCGCGGACCUGCUCAAGGACUUUAUGACACAACUACAGCAGUUCUACGAGCAAGUCAUCAAUACGCUGCCCAGUCAAAGCCAGGAAGAGCUCACGGAAGGCAUUGCUUCCAUCCUGGCGAAGCAACCACUGACCACGCUCCUUCACUCGAUGAAGGUGUGCUGUGACCCAGUCGUCAAGCGACUUAUGUCAAUGGCACAGACAGCAACGCAAAAGGAGCAUAAGCUCGCCAUUGCCGACCACAUGAACCUCCUUACCAUCUUUAUUGGGGAGGUCAAGCCUUACGUCGACCCGAGGGAGCCGACACAUCCGUGCGUACAAUACUGCCAGGAGAUCUUUCCCGUACUCGCCGCUAUCUGCGAGCGGUUCAUCGACUUUGUACCGAUUGUCGAACGUGUCUGCCGGUGCUGGCGGUACAUGGUACUGUCGUAUCGUACGCAUACUGCGCCGUUACUUCCACAACUUGCGGAGAAGAUGGCGGCAGGCUUCACUGCAAGCAGACAAGGGUGCUUCCUUUGGGCCACUGACAGUAUCGUUCGGGAGUUCUCGGACGUGUCGGAGAUUGUGCCUGAAAGUACGGCGCAUGCAAUCUACACUUUCUACGAGCAGCAGGCGACAACGUUCCUCCGGGCUUUGAACGAUCUCCCGCCAGAAGAGCUACCGGAUGUCAUCGAGGACUUCUUCCGGCUGAGCUGUGACGUCCUGCUCUAUCACUCGGAACGACUCAUCCCAAGCGUCCUCAUGACGCCGAUCCUCUCCGCGGCCUCGACAUCACUCACACUGCUGAAGGAAGAACCUCUGAUUGCCACACUUCACUUUCUGCGCGACUUUCUCGCCUACGGCAGCGAAGAAGCUCCAUCCUCGCACUUCUCCGAAGACGGUACCUACACCAAUCGCGCCAACCCUCCCACCAUUCAGACCACCGUCAAGCAGCUCGUCCUCCACGAAGGCGAAAACCUCGUCCAGCGUUGUAUGACGGGCAUGAUGUAUACGUUCCCUCAAGACUGCUUCCCGGACGCCUCGGGCGUGCUGCUGGCGCUGUUCCAAUUGCUGCCUGCCGAGGUUGCGCAGUGGACGGGCCGAACGGUGACGAUGCUACCGGAGGGUAGUAUUGCGCCGCAGGAGCAAGAGAGGCUGUUGAGAAACAUCCAGCAGCGGAUUGAGAGUGGGGAGGUUAGGAAAAUCAGAGGGUUGUUGCAGGAUUUCACGAAUGCUUAUAGGAGGAGAAACGUGGCGCCUAGGGAGGGUUUGGGUAGGUUGGAGGCUACGAGGUUUAGGUUCGCGGGAUGAUACUGAGCGACAUACGAUGAUUGAGGGGUUGAGGUUUAGCGAGGCUUGUGGGUCGAUGGUUGUGCUGAGCGUGGAGUAGGGGUGGUAUCCUACAAGCAGGGGCGUUUUAAGGCCCGAACCUCCAAAAUCUGCUGUAAUCGGUCGGAGGAAUGCACGUUGUCCGCCAAAAUUGUUGACAUAUCAGCCGACUAUCAGCCAUGUCUUACCUAAAGCUACGUCGAAUACAGUCACGUGUAUCUAGUCAUAGCGCAUCUAGCGUUAUCGCGCGUCUCGGCUCCGAC